AUGACAAAGGAAGUCGUUAUUCUCGGGGGUGGCUUUGCCGGCAUCGGCAUAGCGCACAAGCUACUUAAACAUACUGUUCCGAAGGUCAAGGGCUUGAAGGUCACCCUAAUUAGCGCCUCCAGCCACUUCUAUUGGAACCUAGCUGCCGUCCGUGGUGUCAUCCCUGGUGAGAUUUCGGAUGAAACUCUUUUUACCCCCAUCGCAGAAGGUUUCAAGAGGUUCCCGGCGUCGCAAUUCGAGUUUCUUGUUGGUACCGCUUCCACUCUCGAUACUACCCAGAACCUAGUCCACAUCACCACAGAACACGGCGCAAGAGCUGUCGGAUACGAUCACCUUAUCGUCGCGACAGGCUCUUCAACGGGAACUGGCCUGCCCUUCAAAAAUCUCAGCUCCUACAAUGACACGAUCGAUUCCUUGCACGGCCUACAGUCUCAAAUCAAGGCUGCGAAGUCGAUCACAGUCGCCGGGGGAGGAGCAACAGGUGUCGAGACUGCCGCCGAGCUUGGCUUCGCGUAUGGACGAAAGAAGGAGAUCACAUUGGUGAUCGAAGGGCCACGGGCGCUCUCAACCCUUCGGCCUGAGGUCGGAAAGGCAGCCGAGAAUUAUCUCCGGGGAUUGAACGUCAACCUAGUACACAACGUCAAGGUGACGAAAUCAGAAGCCUCUGGCUCCAAGCAGACUAUGACGCUGUCAAAUGGAAAGACGUUGACCGCCGACGUGUACCUCCCACUUUUCGGUGUCAAAGCCAACACACAUUUUCUACCGGAGCAUCUCUUAGAUGUCCGAGGCAAUCUACAACUACAGAAGACACUACGCGUGGUUGGACUGAGUAACGUCUGGGGUGUCGGCGAUGUGGGAAAUUUGGAGAACAAGCAGGCCAUGAAAGCCGAGACGCAAGUUAUCCACCUUGCCAAGAACCUUGAUGCCGUCCUGACAGGCCGUGAGAACCUGGUGAAGGAAUACAAGGUAGACGAUAAGACGAUGAUAUUUGUGACUGCUGGGAAGAAAAAGGGCACAGGGCAGAUGGGGACGAUGAAGGCACCGAGUUUCCUAGUUUCGUACGCCAAAGGACGGACACUUUUUGUUGAAAAGGCACCUGGGCUUGUGGCAGGGAAGAACCUUGUUUCUUCAUCCGUGUAA